AUGUCUUUUAUCAUAAAACUGCAGCAUUUGGCGCGGCAGGCACGGGCCGCCGACAUUCGCUCCUUCUUUUCGGGUCUCUCCAUCCCGUCGGGCGCGGUCUGCAUCGUGGGCGGCGACUCGGGCGAGGCCUUCAUCGGCUUCGAGACGGACGAGGACGCGCGCCUAGCCAUGCUCCGCUCGGGCCAGCCGCUCUGCCAGCAGGCCGUGGAGCUGUCCCUCUCCUCCCGCAAAGAGAUGAACACCGCCAUGGAGGAGGCGAAGAAAUUGUCUCGCCUCGUCCAGAAUAUUAGUAAACCCCCGGACAGCCAACCCCUGUCCUCUCCCUCUUUCUCAGCAGAUGUCAACGAAAACAGUCAAGGUAUGCAUUUUCAGAACGUGAUCAACACGCCUCAGAACAUCGAGGAGUUUGAGAUGAAAAGUGGGAUUUUCUGGGGAAAAUGGGGCUUAUUCGAAAGGGUAUGGGUGAAUUCUUCGAUUUCUUGGUAAAAUACGGGGUUAAAAAUUUUGAUUAUAUGAUUUUUUAUACGAAAGCUGCAAGUUUUCUUAUUGCAAUAUUCUUGUUCUUAAAGUUGAAGAUUUUAGAAGUUGAUAUCUCUAAAUUUAGUUCUUAAAAAACCUCUUGGGAAAAUUUUUGAAGAUUUUUUCUUCUUUAUUUGAAGUACUACGGUUCUUAUUGGGAAUCUUGUUGAAGAACGAGAAGGCUUUUAUAAACUUGAACCAACAGUUCUGAGUUGGGCUUCAUGGUUGAUGACCUUGAAUUUUGCCGACAGAUUUUACCAUGGAAAAAGUUAUGGGUGGAUUCUUCAAUUUCUUGUUGAAAUACGGGAUAACUCUGAAUUUUGUUCAUAAAAACAGGGGAAGAUUUCUUUAUUCGAAAUGCUACUUUUCUUGGCAAUGAAUCCCACUUUCUCCCCGUUUUUCUCUUGGUGAAGAACGAGAAGAUUCUAAACUUAAACCAACAAUUAUGAAUUUGGGCUUCAAGGGUUGAUAAACUUGAUUUUACCGACAACUUUUAACAUAUGCUGUUUACUGGCCUUUGCUGGUUUUACCUGCCCAUUCCCAGUCCUUGCUCUGUUCAGCUUCUUUCGUCAUUUUUUGGGUUUCGUAUGUUUGCGUUCUUGACACUGUCCGUUUAUUCGCGGUCGACGUGAUAUUCAAAUACAUAUUCUAUGAUAAACUAAAAGUGGUAUAUAUACCUCAAAAAAUGGGUUAUGGGGCAUAAUUCAAAUACAUGUUUGAUUUGCAAAGAAUCAAUAUCACUGAGAACGUGAUCGCAAUAAUUUAAAGUCAACAGAAUGUUUCAAAACUCUUGUGGCAAACAAAUACGAUAUGUCGCAGAAUCGAAUGUUCGAAUUCUCGCAGCACAUAAAAGUAUCAGUAAACUGGUUUAUACAUACCUGCUUCCAUAGCAAAAAUUCUCUGCACUGCACUGGCUUUAGUAGUGCAAUCGAAACCUAUAUUGCCUAUUGAGCGCUGCGAUACGACAGGCUUUUUGGCCGUUGAAUAAAUGUGUCUCAUAGAAUGAUCGCUUCAAAGAAUCCAACUUUUUUCAGCCUUCCAGCGUCGCAUUUGUCUUCCUGGUAGCAUUUUUGAGUUCGGUGAUCGGCUCUUCGAAUUUGCGGUGGCUGUGCAGUAAGUAUGCACAAGAUUCUUUAUCUCCAAUAGCGUCCAACCUACAUUGUGCAAUAAUCUUGUGCUUUGUUAUACAGGGUUGGCAACUAAGGCCUUCCAAGUUUGUUUUUCUUACAAAUUAUGCAGUACUGGUCCGUUUUCAACAAGCGUAUGUUGUAAUAAUGACAAAGUGCGCCAUUUUUUGCCCAUAUAAUUUUGAAAAAGCUCUUUCAAAGUUAUAUGGGCAAAAAAUGGCAGACUUUGCCAUCAUUACAAUAUACGUUUCGUUGAGGGACGAGUGCUGCAUAAAUUGUGCGAAAAACAAACUAUGAGGUAGUCUGUAGAAAAGAAGCGUUGCAUUUGGUUUUUCUGGCAACGUAGCAUUCUUUUUUUUCGAAAUUUGUGCCUUCUUCGAACGAUACUUGUAUCGAGUUCUUUGUUCAUUCAGUAGUGACAUACCGGAUUUAGCAUUCUCCUUCAGCCCCCGGAACGUUGUCACCAAACUUUCACAAGUUCUCUUUGCGAAUGAUCAAACCCGUCGUGAAGGAGUGAUUUGUGUUUACUCACUUGUCGGUUAUUUCUACAAGAUUAUGACAGCGUCCUCCGCCACAAACUCCUAAAAAAUCCUGCAAAGAUCUGGAUUAAAGUUGCUUUUCGCGUUACUCGUGCAGUACCUAGUUGUCUGACCUGGACACUAAGGACAACCUGUGUCAAAUUUCCGGUCGACGCUGCGGCAUCCAUUCUCUCUUACUUCCCAAUAUUUCACAGCACUAAAAUGUCCAUGAAUAGAAUUACAAAGUAUCAAUUUUGCACCGUUACGGUUUUUAUGUGAAAAUACACGUCAUAAAAUUUUCUUGCCUUCAAUUGGAACCGUCCUAGCUGCAUAAUUGUCUACGCAGUAGACCAAAAGUUAUAGGCGAGCAUGUGGGUCUCAAUCAUCGCUGGGCACAUCGAAAAUUCAAAGUUGACUGAUGGAUCGAAAGCAUUGGUAUUUAUCCAAUCAUGACUGCAAGCCAGAACCAUCUUUUUUCUAACGCAACUCAGCAAUUUGCUUAGGGCCUUAUACCGGUAGACUUCCAAUGACCACUUUAAAAAAUUAGCCCACCACCGUAGGCACCAAACGGUUUUUUUGAUAAAUAUAUAAAAUACGAAAUGAAAGCCAAAAUAUUGUAUCCAAUAUUCCACUUUCAUUUUUAUGGCAACUGUGUACCAAGGCACUCGCUAUGGCUUAGGCUAUCCUUGUCGUUGCAAAUGCUGGAUUAUUAUUCUUUUGAACUAGAUACUCUGGAAUCGCAAAAAAUGAUGGAGAAAUAAAACGAAUGAUCAGGGGAAGUGCCCUGUGAAGCUAAUUUUUUACAUUUUUGCCCCAAAGCUGGCAAAGAUAUGGCCAUAAAGUGUAUUCUCUGUCACCCCCUUCGCGUUUCGCGCCUUCUCCCGGCCGCAAAGAUCGUUGAAUUUCUCGGAUGCGCCUGCAAAGCGCGAGCUAAAAUUUUCAGGAAGUGACACGUAACCUAUACCGGGAAUGCGUGAAAAUUUUAAGGAAAAUCUGGCCGUCACAGUUGGAGUAUUUCCCUUGUAAAUUUAGAGCAUUUUUUCUACUAAAUCUUUCUCAAGAAAAUAAAAAAUUUUAUGCGUUAGCUGCACUGAAAAAGGCUUUCCUAGAUCUUGAUAUUUCAAAAUGUCAGAAUUGUGUUCGAAGGUUCUCAGAUCGUUUUCAUGACGAUUGUGAACAAAAUUUCAUAUCCAUCAAAAAAUUCGACAUGCCCUUCCAUCGACUAAACUUCUGGCGUAAAAAAUAAGUUUACUACUACUAAAAUAUAGGGUAAAAUGAAAAUUUCUCCCUUCCGUCCGAUAUAUCCUACGGAGAAAAUUUUAUGGUUCCUUAGAAAAAUACUGCUAUUAAUUCUUCUCUGACGACCUCGAAAAUAUUCGCUUGAACGUUGCAAAGAGGUUUGGCAAUGUUUUAAACGAGAGAAUACGUAAAAUGAAGAGAGAUGGAAAGACGAAAAAUGUUUUUCGGUUCUGUGCUAGCGAGUUUCACACGAUAAAAAGUUUGAUUUACUGCAUAAAUAUUACGCUCGAGCGCCAUCUACUAAUAGACGGUAAUCCAAAAUUAAUGUUAAAAUUAAUCCAAGCGCGAUCCCCAGCUGUAUUAGGAACUGAUUUCUUAAGCACAAAAAUAUCAGUUUUUAUGAUUUUUUCGAUUUGGGACAAAAAUCCGAUGUUUCUGACACGAGAAUACGUAAAAUGAAGAGAGUCGGUCAGACGAAAAAUGCUGUUUGAAUCUGCGCUUAAUUCUCAAUUUCUGAAUCAAAAUGGGGUUUCGAAAAUACUGUUCAUCUAAACUCUUUGUUUCCUCGAUCUCAAACAAAAUGAGGGAUUUUCGCAGCUUUUGCUUUAGAAAUGUCUACAGUUUCUGCACAUUGCGAUUUAAAAAUUCCCGAAAUGUCUUACAAUGAAGGCUUCCAUGGUGUCUGAACCAAAACUUGGCAGCUACUGAUAAACCAAGACCCCAUAGAAGUACUUUUCUUGUUAGAAAAUCAUGGUCAAGAUUUUCUAACAAGUUUCAUUAAAAUGUAGCGCUCUUGGAGCAUAAAAUUCAAAAGUUUUUGUGUAAUUUUUCAACUUGAAAAUGUCGCCAAUUUCCGCAAAAAGUAAUAGAAAAUUAUCUUUUUACACUCAAGAACUCCAAAAAUUUAAUGAAUGUCACAAAGUCAGUGAAAAAAACUCAACCAAAAUUAGUCGUAAAAAUAACCUCCUCCUGACCUCUGUAUUUUAGCCUCCUCAUCCGCGCCGCCCACCAAACUCUCCUCGAUUCUCGGCACCACCGACACCAACUGGACCGCCUUUCUGGAGCAGGCGCUGGAGCGCAUCGAGAAGGCCAAAGACGCGCCGAUCGGGCACCAAAGCGCGAUUUCGUUCGGAUCCCCCUCGGUUCUGGGCCACAAACCCGCCGAAAAACCGGUAGUCAUCGAACAAUUACCCACCCCACAAACCGACAACUACAGUGUCUAUCGCAGCACUGAGCCUCCGGCCCCCAAAUUUGAGCCCCCGAGUUUCUACGGCAACAAGUCGCUCGAAGCGGGCUAUGGGCGCGAAAAAAGUGGCCCCAACUUUGGAGAAAGCCCCAGUUUUGCACCGCCAGCACGUCAAAACUUUGAUGUUCCUCCACCUGGUGAGUUUUGAAGGGAAGAAUAAAGCUGUGGAGGGUAAAAUACGGAAAAAUUUCAAAUUUCUUUUUUUGUAGAUCAAAAAUGUUGUUUUAAGCGAAAAAUUGCGAAAAUUUUGAAAAUUCUUUAUUGAAAAUGUCAUGGAUAAUAUCCAUGAUGCUCUAAAAUUAAUGUGAAAUUGAUUUUAAAUCGAUUUGAAGUGAAAAAGAGGCAGAAAAAUGAAUUUUACAUCAAAAAUGUCAUGGAUAAUAUAAAAUUUGAUAAAUUUUGAAAAUUUUUUAAGAUUUUGAAACAUUUUUCCACAUUUUUAGGCCGUUUCGACCCUCAACGGCCUCAAGACAACUCCUCAGAUCGAUUCGGCCCACCUCGUCCACGCUACGGCCAAAAUCAGCCCAAUGAAAGAGGUCCUCCCAGAAAUGCCGAGCCCAACUUCCACCCGCCAAGACCCGAUCGCAACCAAUUCGAGGAGUCGGAGAUUCGAACCAUCCGCCAUCCCGAUCAUUUCGGCCGCCCUAAUCAACCGGGCGGACUGAGCUUGGCGCCGCCCGCUGAUCCAGAACAUCGAGAAGGAGAGCAGCCGAAAUUCCCGCUCCCAGGCGCUCGGAACCCACCAUUCGAGAGGAAUCAGAAGCCAGAGGGCCGAGGAUUUUUUGGAGCUCCUAGAGUGGGCCUGGACAGACAAAGAAAUCAGGAGCGCCCACCGAGAAACGACGGAAAUAGGUUCGGAGAAGCGCCCCAAAAACAAAGAUUUGAUCCCCCGCAAAGAUUCGGCUUCGAAAAUAAAGGAAGAAAUGACAGAGACAAUCAAUAUGCCCAACGAAAUGAAACAGCACGAUUUGCAGGCAGAGAGGGUCAAGGAUUCGGGCACAGAGAACGAAAUGGCCAAGAGUAUGGGCAAAGAGAUGGUGAAGAUGAAAGAUUCGGCCACAGAGAUCGGGAAGGCCAAGGAUUCGAACCCGAAAGAGGCCCUGGCCCGGGAUUUGGACAGAACAGAGAGUUUGGCCAGAAAUUUGGCCAGGACCGAGAGUAUGGCCAGAAAUUUGAUCAAAAGUUUGGACAAAGAGAGAACCUCCAGAACCGCCCAUUCCAACGUCCAAAUCAGGAGAACGAUUUUAGAAAUCAACGACAGAAUCCAGGAAGAUUUCCGAGAAACGGUCGUGGCAAAGGACGCGACUUUCCCCGCCGAAACGACGAAAAUCCACCGCAAGGAAGGGGAAGAUUCGACGGGAAUGCGCCGUUUUCGGAUGGCCUUCCCGCCCGAGAACCACCGCAGAUCUGGGCCGAUAAACGGAUUGAGGAACGAACCCACAGCUGGAAUCAGCCUCCGCCCGUGGAAUCAAGCCGCUACCUGCAGCCGGACAAAUUCCCCAACAGUUUCGAUCCGACCGCCCCACCUCCCCGAAAUUUCGAUGCCCCACCUCCAUUUGCGGACCCACCGAAGCCGGACAUGACUCCAGAAAUGCUGGAGAUGCUCAGAAUCCAACAACAGGCUAUGGCCGCUCUCAAUGCACCGAAUAUCCCACAACACGUGGAUCCGGAGGAACUCUUCGUGGAGCUGAGCCGAUUGCCCCCGAACUUGGAAGAUCAUCAGAAUUUGAAGGGAUUCCUGGGAAUCCCCGUGGAAUUGAAGAGCACACAUGAGAAUGGUAGGCUUGAGGGGGAGUUGGUAGGGAGUUGGAUAGGUUUGCCGGAAGUUUGGAGAACUUUUGGAAGGUCUGGGAUAUUGUUUUAGGCAAGGGGGUGAUUUAGAAAAAAUUUGGGAAAUUCAUGGAGGUUUUGGUGAUUUUUGGGUUGAUUUUUGGGGUUUAUGAAGCUAUGUGGGAUUUAGAGUGGUCUGAGAGGAAUUUUGGAGAGAUAUGAGGGGUUUUUGAUAUUGAUUUAGACACAGGUAGUGAUGAUUUUAGGAUUUUUUGGAAAUUUUUGGAAAAUUUGUGGAGUUGAAGGAUCGUGUGGUGAAUUUUAUGAAACUAUUUGAAAUUUGAAACAUUGUAAGAGUGAAAUUCGAGGGAUUUGCGGGAAUUCGGAUAUUAUUUUAGGUGAUUUUAUGAUUAUUAUAGAAUUUUUUGGAAAAUUUUUUUUGAUUAUUGGUUUUAAAAAGCUGGUGGAUGGGAGAAGCGUGAAAUAUAUUGUGUGAUUUUGAGUAUAAGUUGUUUUUCCAAACCGUAGGGACCGUAUUUUAAACAAAUUUUUUUGAUUUGGGAUGUUGAUUUAGGUGAAGCUAAAAAUUUUGGAAAUUUAGUUGAAUGUCGGGUUAAUUGAACUUUGUGGGUGUUGUAGAUAGAUUGAGGAAGAUUUUUUUAAAAAAAAUUUCAGGAGUCUUGAUCCAUACCAUUGUGAAAUGCACCAACAAAGAGGACGCGCGCCGCCUCAUCCAAAGAGAUGGAGAAUUGGGAAUAAAGUAAGAAUUUUUUAUUUUUUUGUGAUUUUUAGGUCUGUUAUUGGACGCUAGAGGAUCUAGAGGCAUUUUGGACCUUCUGGAAUACAUGAAUUUAAAAUUUUUGAUCAUAAAAUGUUAAAAAUUUCAAAUAAUUUCGAGUUUUCUUCAGAAUUCGCUGGUCGGAUCGUCGAAGUUUCGAAGGAAAAUCCCCGUCGCCAUCUCACCCGGAGAGAAAACGUCGAAUGGAGCCGCACGACACACCAGUCCCAUCGAAAAUCCCGGAAAAUCAGAGCUGGAAAAACUCGAACAGAGAGAAGGCUGGAAAUAUCUUGUUGCUGAAUGUCCCAUACAAGUCGAACGAACGUGAAGUCAUGAAGUAAGUAGUGAUAAAAGAGGUUUGAAAAAAAUUGGAGAUGUUUUUUGGUGAUUGGACACUAAAAUUUUAUGUUUUAGCUACCUCCGAGUCGCUACCGUAUACAAUGUGGACUUAAAACAGGUCUGUGAGCCGAAUUACACGAGAUCUGAUGCGUGGGUGGUCACUGUGUUUGACGCAGAGGACCUGCAGAAGCUCCAUGGACAUCGAGGAACCAUUGACGGACGAAAUGUCAGGUAGGAGAACGGGUUAUAUUACUUUAGACAGCAAAAGUGGAUGAUGAUUUUUAAAAGAGCUGGAAAUUGGUGUAGAUAGGGGUAUUUUGAUGUUUUUUGAAGUGCAGUUUGAAGAAUAUAGCCUUUAUUUGAGAUUAGAAGUAUUAGCGUUGCAGUUUAGCCAUAGUUUAGGGUGGAAAAAGAGGUUAUAUUACUUUAGACAUCAUAUUUGAUGAUGAUUUUGGAAGAGCUGGAAAUAGGUAUAAAUCGAUGAAUAUUGAUUUGUUUUACUGUUUGGCUUGAAGAAUAGAGUCUAGAUUUGUCUUUAGAGGUAUUUUUUAGAAGUUUAGAAAUUUUUUGGGACUUGGGAGGAGAAUAUAUUAUUUUAGACAUCAGAUGUGAUUAUUAUAUGGGAAGGGCUGAAAGUGGGUGUAGAUAGGUGAAUAUUAGGCAGUUUUUUCAUUUUAAUUAAAUGAUCAGGAGUGUAUUUCAUUUGGAUGUGAUUUUUUUGUCAUAUUAGGGAGCAUUUCUGGCUCAGGAGGAGGUUAUAUUACUUUAGGCAUCAAAAUAGGUGAUGGUUUUGGAAGGGCUGGAAGAUGGUGUGGAUAGGGGGAUAUGGAUUUGUUUUGAUGUUUAGAGUGAAGAUUGGGCAGCGAAAAUGUUGAUUAUGUGGUUUAAUUGUUGAUGUAGGCGAUAUUUCCGGCUCAGAAAAGGAUUAUAUUGUUUUAGAGAUCAAGAUUUAGGAUUGUCUUGGAAGAGCUGGAAGUUGAUGUAGAUGGGUGAAUAAAAGUUUAAAUUGGGGUUUGAAAUAAAAUUUAGGCUCUAAAUUUCAUAUGUAUGUGUUCAUUUUAUAAUUUAGGGUGUUCAACAUCCCUCCGGAAAUGGCCGAAGCCCUCCUCUCGGAAGGAAUCCGCGAUCGCAAAAAAUUGGAUGAAGAGCUCCGAGCAUUGCCCAAGAACCCACCAAGACAAGAUCCUCCCACCCCACAGCCUCAGCAGCCGAUCCCAUCAUUGCUCAGUCUGGCUCCUGCGGUGAUUAAUCAACCUCCACGCCAACCUCCGGCCUCUUUACCCCGCCCCAAUGGCCGUCCCCCAAUGUUUUUUGGUCAUCAGCCCGCGAUCCAUCACAAAUUCUCGAGAAAUAAGAGGGAUUCAGGCGGUGAGUUGAUGAUUUUUUUGGGGUAGGAUGUGUAAAAUAUGAUUUUUUUGGGAAAAAAAUUUUUGUGAAAAAAAAUGGAAGAAAAUGUUGAAAAAAAAAUUUUUGGAAAAAAAUUUUGAAAAAAAAAUUUUGAAAAAAAAAAUUUGAAAAAAAAAUUUUCUGAAAAAUUUGAAAAAAAUUGAAAAAUAAAAUUUUUAGAUUUUUUGAUUGGAGUGUAAAAUACGAGUUCUACUGCUUUUUUUGCUCUAUCUUUAAAAUUUUAUUCAAAUUUUUUUUCAGGUCCUCAACAUAACUUUGAUGAAGAAUCCACUUCCAACGACAACUCCAACCACGAACCCAGCGAAAAUCAGCCAAUCAACGACGAAUUCCACAGCGAAUCGAUCGACGAACCCAUCAAAGAAGAGAACGAUCUCCCCAAAGUCACUUACGCCUCCUUCGAUCAGCCCUCCAAAGUGGAAAGCCCACCGCCGGAGAACAACAACGGACAAGAGGAGGGCGGGAAACAGACCGAAGACAGCCCCAACCCUCGCCCUCCACCCCAGCAAUAUCCCCGGCCGCAGUUCGGCCGAGGUCGCGGCCGCGGACGCCGAAACUUUGACAAUAACCGCGGCCGAAGGCUUUAUUGA